CUGCGCAGCGCCAAGAUGGCGGCGGCCGCGCUCGGAGUCUCCUUGAGGCACCGCGUCCCCGCGCAGCUCCUGCGGGCCGGGCCGCGGGCGGAGUGCCGGGGAGCCCAGACGGCGGCGGCGGCAGCACCACGGCUCAAGAAAUUUGCCAUCUACAGAUGGGACCCCGACAAAGCUGGGGACAAACCCCGCAUGCAGACCUACGAGGUGGACCUCAACAAGUGUGGGCCCAUGGUGCUUGAUGCUCUGAUCAAGAUUAAAAACGAGAUGGACUCCACCCUGACCUUCCGCAGGUCCUGUAGGGAAGGCAUCUGUGGCUCCUGUGCCAUGAACAUUGGAGGGGGGAACACGCUGGCCUGCAUCAAAAAAAUCGACUCUGAUCUCAGCAAGGUCACCAAAAUCUACCCUCUGCCCCACAUGUAUGUGGUGAAGGACCUUGUCCCGGACCUGAGUAACUUCUAUGCCCAGUACAAAUCCAUCGAGCCCUACCUGAAGAAGAAGGACAAGUCCAAGGAGGGCCAGCAGCAGUACCUGCAGUCCAUAGAAGACCGUCAGAAACUGGACGGGCUCUACGAGUGCAUCCUGUGUGCCUGCUGCAGCACCAGCUGCCCCAGCUACUGGUGGAACGGGGACAAGUACCUGGGCCCCGCCGUCCUCAUGCAGGCCUACCGCUGGAUGAUCGACUCCCGGGACGACUACACGGAGGAGCGGCUGGCCCAGCUGCAGGACCCCUUCUCCCUGUACCGCUGCCACACCAUCAUGAACUGCACCAGGACCUGCCCCAAGGGUCUGAACCCUGGGAAGGCCAUUGCUGAGAUCAAGAAGAUGAUGGCGACCUACAAGCAGAAGGCGACGGCUGCGUAAACCCCGGAACCUCCGUGUAUCCCCCUGGAACCUCCGUGUAUCCCCCUUGGAAUCUCCAUGGAACCCCCCCAGGGGCUCCACCCAGACACAGCUUCCACCCGGGGCAGCCACAGGAGCUUCCAGCAGGGAGUUGUUCUUCCCAGAGGUUUGCGCUUCCAAUAAAGACUGGAAAGAACAA